AUGUACAUCACUCCCGGCUAUUCCAUUUCAGCAUCAGCUCCCUCUCCUUCUCUUCUCUUAUUUUCUUUUAUCCUCUCUCUAUUUAUUAUCUUCUCUUCUCUAAUACCUUCCUCUCAAAUUAUCCAUUUUCUUUUCAUUGAAUUCUUAUUGUUAUUCUUUUUACUUCUUUCCGGUAUUUCUCUCCUCUUAACUUUCUUUCUUGCCUCUUUUCUUGUAUACUUCUCUUUGGCCUUCAUUGCAUUGCCAUUCCUACUCUCAGAGAUAUUAGGCUUUCUUCAUUCUGGUGCGAUGCCAAAGUCUGUUAAUAACGUCGCUUGCUUUUUACAGGCUUUAUUUCCCAAUAUUCACAUUAUCUGUCUUCGGAUCGUUUUUUGCUAUUUUCUUUCGUUUUUCCCAUUCUUUCUUAAACUCUUCUUUGUUUCUAUUUAUUUAUCUUUAUAUCUCCCCUUCUCGUCAAUUGUUUAUUAUUUCGUUUCACUUUCAGUCAUUCUUUCUAGCUUUCUCUCUAUCGUCCUUUUUCCUUCUUUCUGUCUUCGCUUUUUUCCUUAUUCCUCUCUUUUUUCUUUCUGUGUUGAUCUGCUUUUCUUUCUCUUUCAUUUUUUCUUUAUUUCCGCUUGUGUAACUUCCUCACUGUUUUCCAUCCUUUUUGAUUUUCUCUUAUCACGCUAUCUCUUUCUUUUCUUUUUCCACCCAAUAUUUUUUCACUAUCUUUCUUAUUUUUGCUUUAUUUUUCUCUUUUUCGAUAUUUUUCUCUUUCUUUCUCUUCUUCUCAGUCUUUAA